AUAUCUGUUAUAUAUGCUCGAAAAUGAUACGGCGGUAGAGAUGACUUCCGAAACUUCGGCUCCUUAAAAACAAAUAGCUCUAAAUGAAAUGUUCUUUUUGUGGUUCGUCUGAGGUUUAAUAUCAAACUGGACUGGCUAAAAUGGCGGAUAGGUCGAACCAGAUGAUGAAUGGGGUAUCUUUUGAAUCUAUAUGUAUAUUCUUGCUGGCAUUGUUCUUAACAGUGGUUAGCUGCGGAGCUAUGAAAUCGUGUUCCCCUCUCACUAAACCUCACCCUCAUGGAAUAUGUGGAAGCAAGAUAGACGAGGCUUUAGAUCUGAUAUGUGGAAAAGGUGGAUAUGUAGAGCGAAAAUACAGAAAACGAUCCGUAUCUGGAGUAGACCCAAGUCUGCUUGACGUAGAUGCUAACACAUUUCUGGCCUUAAGCAAACAACAAAAUGCUCAACUAGAUGACACACGACCGCCAAUUGUGGAUCUUUUACUGCCCGGAACACAGGCUAGCAAUUUUCUGGACAAAAGAGGCAGUUUCUACAGGAAGGGCGUGUCUUGUGAAUGCUGUUACCAUAGCUGCUCUGUGCGAGAACUCACUGGUUACUGUAGAAAUCCGAAGAAAGCCGACUUUAAUUUGUUUAAUAUAUAAAUAGUAUUAUUUUGUGAUAUAGGUUAUUUUCGCAUUCUGAAGUGCUAUUCAUACACGACAUAUUCAGAUAACAUGAACUUUCCGUACAUUUGGUAUUUACUUAGUGCCUUGUUUGCCCCAUGCUUGUCUAUUUUCAACUUCAUUUUAUUCUUUCUGCCUCGCUUGAAUAUACCUUACAGGAGCUUUCUUAUUGACUUGUUGACAAAUUAGAUAAGCCAUAAUCAAUAACCUGGACAAACGUACAGAAUGCCAAGUGAACAAUUUAUCUUUCCAUUUGUACGUACUGGUAAUGAAAUUACAUUGACAGAAAUAUGAUUUCUAUUAAUUAUCGCAACACUAGGUCUGUAACUACACUUUCAGGAGGGCAAUGUUUUAUAUGCAGAGUAAAGAAGUAUAAUAAUAAAGGGGCGACAAAAAUGGAGAAAAAAAUCUUUGAUGGAAAUGUUCAACCCGUUGUUGAUGACUGAAUAGCUAAUACGGAAAUAUACAAGGACUUAAGAAUGUCAUGUUUCGUGUUGGUGUAAUAUAAAAUAGAAAUGCUUUCUUUGCCGAAAAAUGUCUCAUCAUUUUUGUCCGAUAUAACGUCUUGAGCGAUGAUUUUUUUCCAGUACAGUUGAAGGAUCACAGUUUUUAUUUCAUCGACGACUUGCAACAACAUCGAAUUAUAUGAAUUUAAGAAUCUACUAAUUUAAUCAUCGUAAACCAUAAUUUUGAACUAAGUGUCAUUCGAGGCAUAUGCUGGUCCUUAUCCGUAUACCUAAUCAGAAAUAAUUACCUCAUUGUCUGAUUUCAGUUGUUUUAUUCUUCUCAUGUUAUAUCCCAUAAGACCUCUAAACAGUCCCGAUCAAACCAGAUCCCUGUUGAAAAGUAUUUUUGGAAAUGGUGAUCAUACAUGUGGUGAUCAUAAAUGUAUGCACACACGUAAAUUGACUAGUUCGAACAUAAAGAGAAAGAAAGGCAAUCAAAUAAAUAAAAGAGUCAACGGUAAUAAAAACAAUUUGGUGUUUAAAGGGUUCAUGUUGGCACCAAAAUCCUUCUAUUUCCCACAGUAUUUCAGUGUUUAAGUACAUAGUGAACAGCUUACCCGUGUAAUUUUAAUAGGAGGAAUUAUAUGUAAAAUGCUCUUUUAAACAUAAAUAAGUGAACAUGAAUAACCAUAUACGUAUUUAUAUAUUGCGGUUGCAGCAGACAGCCAUACUGUGCAUAAUACUUAUUCCAAAAGCUAGACUUAUAUCUCCCAGUUCGGACGGGGAAGUAACCUAGAAUGUAAGAGGAGGUGAAAUUAGAAUCUAGCUGUAGAGGUUAAGUUAACAACAUGCGCAUUGACAAGAAACAACUUAAAUAAAACUAAAAUAAAACAUAGUCCCUGUGUUGUCAUAUAAUAGCACAGCUAUUUUCCAUAUCUUUUAGAGAAGUAUGUUAAAAUGUGGUUUAACAAGUUUUAAAAAAGGACUUUGAUAUAUCAGUCAAGCGAACUUUGUAGAAUGAAUAAUUAAAAAUUGCUGAACGUCACACAAAAACGAUUUAACUCUUAACUACCGUGAUCGUUUUCUUCUAAAUUAAGCUAAAACAAUAUAUUGGUUAAUUGCAUGACUCGAUCAUGUCGCCAUUUAAAUGAAGGCUCAAAUUAGAUUUAAGAAGCCCGUGCAGUGACAAAUGUGUUGUGAUAUUUUAAGAUAUUUUAUAAUUCAAGAACCAAUAAUUAGUUUUUUUUUGUUUAGAGAACAAAUACAGUGUAUUUGUCCAUUACAGAUGCACACGGUCGAGCCUUGAUUUACAGUGUGCAACCUUGACAAAAUGAAAAAUGAACUGUGCAUAAAUACCUGAAAGAUAAGUAGGAAACCAAAUUAUAUUGCAGGGAUUGUCUAGUCAGGAAAAGGUCGCAGGGAAUAACUAUAAACAUAUGUAUCCCAGCUUAAAAACCACACACAGAUUUGGCAUUAUUAGUUAAACAUUACAUUACCCUUCAUACUUCUGCUACUUUUAUACGAUUUGAUACGUUGCAUAUCGUUUUGUAUUUGUUCAAACAUUUUGCCGAUUUUAGUGUCUAGGUUAGGAAAUAGUCUAUAGGUACAUAUUCCACGAAAUGUAAACGGAUCUAUUGUAGUGUAUCUACUGAAAUAAAGUUUUUUCACGGUU